GUACGCACGCGCGCAUGCGCACUGUCCUUCCAUGAGCUUGCAUAUAUAUAUAUCCAUAGUGACAAUAACAGCUACGGGCCGCGGCGUCUCCCAUGACAACGCCAGCCGGACAAUGAACGAGCGCCCGGAUGACAGAAGAGACACGAGCAGAUAUGUAUUUUUGAAUUGGGACAUAUUUACAAACGUGUUCUGUCCGUUUACGUCAUAAUUGCUGAAUAUCUCGCGGCGCGCCAUGUAGCGGAGGCCGCGCUCGCUCGCGCUGGACUGACUGCGCUGCUGGGCGGGGAGGGGAACGAUCAGACGCCUGGAAGAGCCUUCAGAAAACGCGUCGGGAAUAUUCGCGCAUCUUUAAAGCUGGAUUGUGGAUUUUACGCGGGGAUCGAGGUAAAUCUCGCUCUGCUGGUGCUCGGGUCGCUCUGGCGGCUCUGAUGGUGUCGCUGACAGGAUGGAUGUAGGUGCGCUCGCAGGUGGGGACUGUGGCCCCAGAAGAGCAGAUUCGGCUGAGGGAGGACUUGAAAUCGUACCGCUGGAAAUGUACGACUCGGCCCGAGCAAAGAUAGAAGCUAACCUCCGCUGGUUGUUUGCUAAAGCGUACGGUGAAGAGCACAUCCCGACUGACCUGCGAGACCCGUUCUACACGGAUCAGUACUGCGUUGAGCACAUAAAGCCUCCGGUUUUAUCGCUGCUGCUGUCCUCGGAGCUCUACUGUCGGGUUUGCGGGCUCCUCCUGAAGGGCGAACAAGCGUCUGCACUCACCUCCCAUCAGGCCGUCAUCCAAACGCUCGCACGACGAGGGAUAUAUGUCAGAGAACCAGACGACACGCCUGUUUCCCAUGACGACCUCUCGUCCACCCCAAUUAAGAUGAGCUCUCAUAUUCCUCUGAUAGACGCUUUGAUGAUGGCGUACACGGUGGAGAUGAUGGCUGUAGAGAGAGUCGUGGCAAGCGUCAAGCGUUUCUCUACCUUCUGCGCCUCUAAAGAGCUUCCCUUUGACAUGGAAGAUGCCAUGCUGUUCUGGAUCAACAAGGUGAUCUUGAAGACGCGAGAGCUCUCUGAGAAGGAACUCAAGUUGAAACAGCCGCUGAUAGAUUCGCCGUGCCAUCAGAAGUCUCCCUCAAAAUGGUACUGGAAGCUCGUGCCUCCUGAUCUCAUGAACGCUUUGGCCCAUUGCAUGCUGGAGCCAGUGGAAUUCUCUCGUGUGGUACGUUACCGUAGAGAACACCUGUCUGGCCGUCCUUUCCCUCACCUGGCUGUGAUGGAGGACUUGAUGAAGGAUGUUUGCGAUGGAGCGGCACUGCUUGCGGUCGUCCACUUCUACUGCCCUGAAUACAUGAGACUAGAUGACAUAUGUCUGAAGGAGGUGCCGUCUCUGUCGGAUAGUGUGUACAACAUCCAUCUACUCCGGGAGUUUUCUAAUGAAUACCUGAACCGGUGUUUUUAUAUGCACACUGAAGACCUGCUCUACGGCCCACCCGUGCUAAAGCAUAACGUGAUGGUUUUCAUUGCUGAGCUCUUUUGGUGGUUUGAAGUAGUGAAGCCGGACUUCGUAAAGCCAAGAGACCUACAAGAGAUUAAAGAUGUGAGAGCACCUCUUCACCCAAAGAGUUCCCGUCCCCAUGUGCCCAUAUCCAAUGCCACUAAGCGUAGCUUUUUAACUCCGUCUCCUUCAGCCGACUCACUGGCGACAGCUGCCAAUCCUGAUGGUUGUAUGCGGUAUUACUUGCACCCUGAGGAGUCCUUGUCAGUAACAAAUAGAAGCCCCUCCCCCUCCCACCCGCUCCUCCCGUUACGGCACAGACAGCAGAAGCCCUCUCAGGCAGAGGAGAGUUCAGAGCUCAGGAAUAGGUCAAACUCUUUGUCCCGUAUGGAUGGACUCAUGCUUGGAUCGCAGCUUGCCUGGACAGAACGGAAACAAAGACCCAUCUCUCAAAUGGAGACGGAUUGGGAACGUAUAUGUGGCGAUAAUAUCAGCUUGGCUCGUUCCAUUAGCAAGGACAGUUUAGCCUCCAACGUCAUCUCCAUUACUCCACGACACCGCAUCAAUGGCCAGCCCCUCCCCCAGACACGUCCCUAUGACAACCAGGAGGAAGAGGAGGAGCUAUUGGCUGUCAUUAACCCUGAGGGCGCUGCUGCAUCCAGAGAGAGUUUCUUCUUGGAACCGUUGCAACCCGCGGUUCUACGACCAAAUAAGGAGAAAAUGGGGAUCAGUAAACGGGAGGAGAGUGGCGAAGGACGGGGUCAAGGACGCCGGGGGACGUAUACGCCCACAGAAUGCAUUCUCAACCGGACGUUUACUCCAAUCAAUAGCAUAGAUCAAGAAAGCUCUCGAUCGCAAUCUCCCGGAAGCUUCUUCCUGCACGACGACGCGGAGUGCGUGCGGGACAGUCCGCUCGGAGCCUGGGAGGACAUAGUCUCAGACUCUGAGUUUGAGGAAGAUGAUGAAGUAGAGGUUCAAGAACAAGAGCUUUCCAAAGCACUUCUGAUACAAGCUGGGAGGAAAUGCACGGGCCUCGGAGAGGAGGAGGAGUCUGUGAAAUUGCGUGAAGACUUUUGUGUGCAAGAAAGGGAAGAUAAGGAAGGUACGAGCGGGCGGGCAAGUCCCUGCCCUAGCGUGUUGUCGCAGGCCAGCAGCACGUCGACAGGCCGCAUGACGAGUUUCGCAGAACGUCGCAGGCACAGAGUCGGAUUUCCCGAUGGUUGCCCCAGUACUGCAAGCUCGCAGACAACCACUCCCGAUGGAUCCGAAAGCUUGCACUUCCCGUCGGACAAGAGUCCGGGAACACCAGGUGGCCGACCUGGUCUCGCUUCCGAACUCGUGCACCUUCGCAUGCAGUUGGAGGAAAAACGGCGUGCCAUCGAGAUGCAAAAAAGGAAGAUGGAGAACUUGUCGGCACGCCAACGGCAGCAGCUGGGAAAGGCGGCGUUCUUGCAUGUCGUUAAAAAAGGGAGGAGCGACACACUGCCACACCCACUCAAAACGGAAAUUGUGUUUAAAGAGAAACCGGUUGCGAAGGACGAUGCAUGUGUUGAGGUUCUGAAAGCGCGAGGAAAGGACUCAGAACAUAAAGAAACGUCUGUAACGGCAUUAGAGGAGGAUAAGGACAAUCGUUUGAGUGUCGCGGGAGGGGGUGUAGCUUCAGACGAUGUGGGCGGAGAGCCAGAUCUCAGCGAAUGUAGCCGUUCCAUUGAGCUCCUAAACGAUGCGAUCAGUGCGAUACAGCAGCAAAUGAUGCAGCUGUCUCUCCAGCAGGACUUGCUCAUGAAACAGACCGUCCAGUCCCCGCAAGAACAGCCGCAAAUCAAACCGAGCACUGUGCCGGCCUUAAACGAACACCCGCCGGAGCAGCCCGAGACUAAGUCACGCCUUUCCGUGCAGUUCACCGAAACUCUUUCCACCGCGACCAAGCGUCCUCCCAGACUCAGCUCGAGUCGUACGCCUCGGGCGAAACCUAGUGACCUCAAACUGAGCAAAGAUACCAACAGUCGUCCAGCAGCGAAAGGAAACACUCCGACGCCGGGUGGCAGGACCCCCCGGGCUGAGAAUGAGGAAGAGGGAGUGGUUAAAGAGGGUGGGCGUGGCUUGAAAGGAAUUAUUCGAAAUACUACAUUCAAACUGCACGAAUCUGCAAACAGACACGCCGACAGCCUUGACUCCCCACAAACCGAACUCCCCUCCGUGGAACCGUCACCUGACGAUCCAACCCAGGAGCAGAGCGAAUCUGGUGGCUCUGGAAAGGAGAACGUUACGGUUCCAUCUGAGGAAAACCGAACGAAAGCACAGCUGAUUGAAGUGGACCUAUCUGAACUGGCUGACCCAUCAGAAGGAAGCACAGAACCUGAUGGGGAACAGAAGUCCGGAUUGGGCUUCUUCUUCAAGGAUGAUCAGAAAGCAGAGGACGAGUUGGCUAAGAAGAGGGCGGCGUUUCUUCUUAAACAGCAGCGUAAGGCCGAAGAGGCACGAAUACGUAAGCAGCAGCUGGAGGUGGAGUCAGAGCUCAAACGAGAUGAAGCCAGACGAAAAGCUGAGGAAGACCGUGUGCGUAAAGAGGAAGAAAAGGCUCGUAGGGAGCUGAUCAAACAGGAGUACCUGCGCAAGAAGCAGCAAGAGCUACUGGAGGAACAGGGCGUGACCAAACCACGCCCCCGUAACAGAAGGCCACGCCCUAAAUCGCUACAUCGAGCUGAAUCUUCCUGUUCUGCUCGUAAGAAACUUCACUUUUUAUGUGCCUGUAUUUCUGACUUUAAUUUGUGCAUCUGUACGUUUGAUUUUGAGCUGGUGGUGUCACUCUUUCUCUCUCCAGCGGUUAGUCUCUGUUCUGCUCCCUCUGGAUCUUCUCUCUCUUUGGCCUCUGCUGCUACUGAAGGUGACAGUGUGGCAUCGGGAGGGGCCAGUUCACACAGGGGGGAGUCUGUGGAAUCUUUUCCCAUAUUGAGCAGAAAUGCGAGCAGGAACAUGGAACGAGACUGGGACAACGGCUCAACGGCCUCAUCCAUCACGUCUGUAGCAGAAUACAAUGGGCCCAGAUUAUUUAAGGAGCCUAGUGCAAAGUCCAACAAACCGAUCAUCCAGAAUGCCAUCGCUCACUGCUGUCUAGCGGGAAAAGUCAAUGAAUCACAGAAGAACGCCAUUCUGGAGGAAAUCGAGCGAUGCGAGUCCAACCACCUGAUAAUCCUUUUCCGUGACGGUGGAUGUCAGUUCCGGGCGCUGUACAUCUAUUCCCCCGAAACAGAGGAGAUCGUCAAGCUCAAAGGCACCGGGCCGCGAUCCAUCAGCCGCAAAAUGAUCGACAGACUCUACAAAUACAGCUCCGACCGCAAGCAGUUCACCGUCAUUCCCGCCAAAUCCGUCUCGGUCAGCGUAGACGCUCUCACCAUCCACAGUCACCUGUGGCAGGCCAAACGGCCGAGCACCUCCAAGAGAAAAUGAUCCUCGUUUCCAUUGGCUCGUCAGAUAGAUCCGCUGCUUCUGAUUGGCUACUAGGUUCUGUUCCAUUCUCUUAAACUGCCGUUUUGCAAAUGAGCAGGCCUCCUAAUAUCCUAUUGGUCCACGAGCUUCUCAAAUUCCAGACUAGACUCCUGCUUUCCUGUCGGCUCACCAGCUGCUGCGCUCCUAUUGGCCACUGCGCUGUGACAUGAGCAGAGCUGAGGAAGUCAGAAGUGGGUGGAGCUUGAUGUUUGAUUGACAGAGUUAAUGAAUGUGUUUUAGAAUUAUGUCAUCGUUCAGUGUUGUUUUUUUUUUUUUUUUUUUGGCAGAAAUCUGCAUGUGGCACUUUUCUGUUUGAUUUUACCGUAGUAUUAAUUUACACAGGAACGAAAGACAACACUCCCACUACUUGAAUUCUGAAUCAUGUGGUUACACAGAGGCGUGCGAAUGUGCGUACGAACGCUUCUGGUGUUUUGAGUUCUCAUACCUCUCCAUAUGCUGCUGUUCAUACGUGACACUCACUUUAGCAGUGCAAUGCAAUGAACAUGUGACAAGGGAUCUGUGUGUGUGUGUGUGUGUGUGUGUGUGUGUCAGCUCUUCAUGGUUUUAAAAUGUUUUAUCAUGAAAUGGUUCUGUAUUAUCCAUCUUUUGUCUUUUCUUACAUGUAUUCACACUAGCUGCUGACAGUAUUAAUGUACUUCACUGAGGAACCAGAUUGUCAUAGAUACACAUUGCCACUGAUUGUGUGUGUGUGUGUGUGUGUGUGUGUGUGUUCAGUAAAGAAUGUAUGCACUCCAGGGUCUCCUGUGAGCAGGGCUUUCUGUUGUAUAUGUUUGGAUUGUACAAAACUUUGCUUUAACAUUUCUUUAUUAUUAUUAUUUACCAUAUAUUUAUUUUAAAGAAGAACACUGAAAUUUAAUAAAUUAUACAACCAAAA